AUGCGUGCCGUGUCCCCAACUUUACCACUGCUGUCUGGGAUAACUGCCAAAAAUGAAGAGCUCCUUACCCAGCACGGUGAGCUGGGCCCGUCGGGAUCGCAUGGCCGCCUGGAUGGCCUGGCACUCAAAGUGGGCGUCGUCCUGGAUGUCUGUCCUCUGGAUCAGCAGGUGGUAUUCUCCUUUGCUGUGGUCUCCAACAAUGUCAUAUCUGGGGUAACCUGUAACGCACAACACAGGAUACAAAGUUAA